CUUUGUGGUGCUGCUGGGAAACACGGAGCUGUGGAGAGUGAGGGGUGGGGGUGUGACGCGCAAGCAGUCAGAGUACAAGGGACAUGGCAGGACACACACACAGUAUAGGGGACGCACGCCUGGAUAAGGCUGUCACUGACUGGCUCACAUGGGACAAGAAUCCCAAAACAUUGGAAUUAGUCAAGCAGAUGGUGGCUGAUGGGAAGAAAGAAGAUCUGCAGGCAUGUUUUGGUUCAAGAAUGGAGUUUGGUACUGCAGGCCUACGAGCAGCAAUGGGCCCUGGGAUUUCUCAGAUGAACGACCUGACUAUUAUCCAGACAACACAGGGAUUCUGUAGAUACCUCGAAAAGAAUAUCAAUGAUCUCAAAGAAAGAGGAGUAGUGAUUGGAUAUGAUGCCCGAGCUCACCCUGCAAGUGGAGGCAGCAGUAAAAGGUUUGCAAGACUUGCUGCUACAACUUUUGUGAGUCAAGGAAUCAAAGUCUACAUGUUCUCUGACAUAACACCAACUCCAUUUGUGCCCUAUGCUGUUACUCACCUUAAGCUGUGUGCUGGAAUCAUGGUUACUGCAUCGCACAAUCCAAAGCAGGAUAAUGGGUACAAGGUUUAUUGGGAAAAUGGAGCUCAGAUCAUUCCUCCACAUGACAGUGGUAUAGCUCAGUCCAUUGAGGAGAACCUGGAACCAUGGCCCACAGCUUGGGAUGAUACUGUAAUUGACGAUAGUUCCCUUCUUCAGGAUCCUUACCAGUCAAUUAAUAAGGAUUACUUUAAGGAUAUUCAGAAGCACUGUUUCCACAGAGAUAUAAACAAGGCUUCCAAAGUAAAGUUUGUCCACACGUCUGUGCAUGGUGUUGGCCAUAAAUUUGUGCAAUCUGCCUUUAAAGCAUUUGACUUCAGCCCUCCACUUCCUGUUGAAGAACAAAAAGACCCAGACCCAGAAUUUACCACCGUGAAGUAUCCCAAUCCUGAGGAAGGUAAAGGUGUCUUAAAAUUAUCUUUUGCAUUGGCUGAGAAAGAAGGUGCUAGAAUUAUCUUGGCUAAUGAUCCAGAUGCUGAUCGGUUAGCAGUUGCAGAGAAACAAGAAAGUGGUGAAUGGAAAGUUUUCUCUGGUAACGAGCUCGGGGCUCUCCUAGGCUGGUGGAUCUUCACUUGCUGGAAAGAAAAAAAUCAAGACCCAGAAGCAGUAAAAAAUGUUUAUAUGUUGGCCAGCACAGUGUCCUCCAAAAUCCUCCGAGCCAUUGCAGUAAAGGAAGGUUUCCACUUUGAGGAAACACUCACAGGGUUUAAAUGGAUGGGAAAUAGAGCAAAGCAACUGAUUGAUCAAGGGAAAACUGUGCUUUUUGCCUUUGAAGAAGCCAUAGGGUACAUGUGUUGCCCAUUUGUUUUGGACAAGGAUGGAGUAAGUGCUGCAGUGAUUGCCGCGGAACUUGCCAGCUAUUUGGCCACAAAAAAUGUAACCCUGACCCAGCAGCUGAACUCUAUAUUUAAUAAGUAUGGCUACCACAUUAGCCAAAACUCUUACUUUAUAUGCUAUGACCAGAAAACAAUUCAUGACCUCUUUGAACACCUGAGAAAUUAUAAUGGAGAAAAGGCUUAUCCAAAGCUUUGUGGGAAAAUAGAUGUUUCCAGCGUGCGUGAUUUAACGACUGGAUACGACAGUAACCAGCCUGAUAACAAAGCUAUCCUUCCAACCAGUAAGAGCAGUCAAAUGAUAACUUUUACUUUCGCCAAUGGAGGAGUUGCCACCAUGAGAACUAGUGGGACAGAACCAAAGAUUAAAUAUUAUGCAGAGUUGUGUGCUGCCCCAGGAAACAGUGACUUUGACAUGCUGAAGAAGGAGCUAGACGACCUUGCUGAUGCCAUAGAAGAAUAUUUCUUUCAGCCAGAGAAAAAUAAAUUGCAGAGAAAAACUGAGUAAACUCAGUGUGACAAGACCAAAACGUUUACAUACAAAGCCAAACUAGUAACCACAUUUGGUACUUUUACCUUAUCUGUACCAGCUGCUUUGCUUAAUGCCACCGCAGUCAGCUCUAAACUUAGAAACACUGACCUUUUAGGAUCAGUAGAUUACCCUGUUCAUGCCCACAUGGGAGUUUUUUUGUGUAUAAUAAUCCCUGAAGUAAAUGAAUGAUAUGAUGAGCAUAUGGAAAUAAUGGCAGUCAAGCAAUGGAAAUGAAAAUUGAUACUCAUUCUACACAAUGCCAUGGAAAUGGGAUGUUAGGAUGAAAGCAUCAUGUAUUGGGAAAUAGUUGAUCAUAUCUUAGUAGGUACUUACCUAUAUCCUUCCAACACAUCACCAUAUGUUGGCACAAUCUGGUUUGAGAUAUUUUUUAUUAAUUGAAAUAAUGUGCUAUAGGAUUAACUUGUGUUUUCGCAUUGCUAAUUUGGGGGAGCACAGAAUCUCUUGUUUCUGUUGUAUCUGUCCAGGCUUGCAAGCUUCCAACACUACAAACUCUCUUGAGGAACUCAACAUCUGCCUAACUAGGGCAUAGCCUUGCUUUGUCUAAGUCUCAUAUAAACCUAAUAAAUAAAACCUAGAGCUACCCCAGUUGAGAACUUGGUGCAUCUGCUGCCUGACCAGGCUCAGGUACAUGGGACCAAGUGGUUACACCAAGGGUAAGAGAUGGACAAGCCCAAAGUUAUGCUGAAACAGAUAAUUGUAUGUACCAUACAUUUACACAGUUCAAAUAUAGGACCAUUUUAUUAAACUAGACCACUUUACUCUAUAAUGGAGCUGUACUGUCUGUUUGUAAUAAAAUAUACACCAUG